AUGGCUUUCCUGCCUCUAGUGCCUAGACCAGUUGGGACGAGACGGUGGUCAGGAACGUGGAACAAUGCUUCAGUAGAGUCCAGAAAAGCGGCAGCGUGGAGGCAAAGCGACAGGCUCAAACCGGCAAAGGAGGUGCCUGCGAAGCAGCGUACCUCUUCGUCAAGGACACCGCCUCGUUCCUCCUUAACCCAGCGUCUGCGGGCGCUCGCCAAUGUACCGGAAAGGAAAGACAACGGCUCGCUACUGGACGCUGAACAAGAAGCGCUGGAGUCGAUGUUUUCGUUCAGCUUGGAUGAGUUCCAGUUGCGGGCGAUUCGCUCCGUGCUACAGUCGCGCUCGGUGGUCGUUUCGGUUCCGACCGGCUCCGGAAAAACUGUGAUUGGCGAAGCAGCACUCGCAAUUGCGCUGAAAAAAGGCAUGCGUGCUUUCUACACGACGCCGUUAAAGGCGCUCUCGAACCAGAAGUUUGGCGACUUUUGUGAUCGUUUUGGGACAGAGCAGGUUGGCUUGCUCACUGGCGACAUUUCCAUUCGCCCGGACGCUCCCAUCCUCGUGAUGACCACCGAAGUGUACCGCAAUAUGCUGUACCGCUGCCGUACUGGGGUGCUUGCGGAGCUGAGCGUCGCCGCAUCCCCAGUAGACGAGGUGCUGGCACCGGCGACAGAGGACGCCCACUCGAUUGCACCGCUUCUGCGUGCUGGCUAUCUCGAUGACCUUUUCGUGGUUGUAUUCGAUGAGUUUCACUACAUGAAUGAUCGCGAACGUGGUACAGUUUGGGAGGAGGCUGUCAUCGGCAGUCCGACGCAUACGAUCCUGGUGGCGCUCUCGGCAACGAUGCGCAAUGCAGCAGAGAUCAGCGAAUGGUUCGAGGCAGUCCACGGUGUAACAGACCUGAUCGUAGCUAAUGAUCGCCCUGUACCUCUGGAGUAUGUGUAUCUGGACGCGGAUGGCCUGCAUCCGCUUUUGGUGCCGCUAAAGCGAAGCAGCGGUGAUAAGGGGAAGGGGUUUGGGCGCUCUCGCCAGCGCGGUGCCCGAAACGAGAGCAAACUUCCAACCAUAGAGGGUCGCUAUCAAAUGAAUCCGGAGCUGGUAUGGAAUGUCGGCCAAGAGAGCAAGCAGAUCGCUGAGCGACGUCAACGUUGGCGCGACGCGAAUGACCCGAACCUGCGACGCUCUGCGGAGGUGCUGGAGCGUCGCGAAGCUCGCCGCCUGCGCGAGCUCUACCGCGUUAGCGUUCCCUCGUACCCUUUCCUGGUUCGUUGUCUUCGUAAUCGUCAGCUGCUCCCGGCAAUUGUUUUCGUGUUUUCCCGAAGUGGGUGCGAUCGAGCGGUUUCGGAGGUACUUCGGGAGCGCAGCGCCCUCAAGCUGGUGAGCAAAGCUGAGCGCGCCAUGCUCGAAUCUGAAAUGGAGGCGUUUUUCGAAGUGCAUCCAGAGCUGCGUGAGAAUCCAGACUCCCAGAAACGCUAUGAAUCAAUCAUGGAGGGCGUUGCCGCUCACCAUGCUGGCAUGUUACCGCUUUGGAAGGCGCUCGUCGAACAGCUGUUUCAAGCCAACUUGAUCAAAGUGGUAUUCGCGACCGAAACCCUCGCCGCCGGAAUCAACAUGCCAGCUCGCUCGACGGUGGUAACCGCUCUGAGCAAACGCUCCCGUAGCGAAGGCAUUCAGCGCCUGACACCGAACGAGUUCCUGCAAAUGGCGGGCAGGGCUGGACGCCGCGGUAUGGACCCCAUCGGCUACGUCGUCGUCAUGCAAAGUGCCUGGGAGCCAUCCGCAGAGGUCGCUUGUCAGCUGCUGCAACGAGGUGCGGACGCCCUGCGUUCCAACUUUGUGCCGUCCUACGGCAUGGCUUUGAACCUGCUCCGUUAUCCGGGUACACCACUGCAGAGUGCACGACGCUAUCUGGAGCGGUCGUUUGGAAGUUUUCUGGCAUCGCGUGGUCGUCUGAACCAAUGGAAGCCGGAAAUCCACGAUGAGGUCGAGGCACUCGAACGUCAAGUGAAGGAAGCACAUCGCAUCUUUGCGCAGCACGGCGGCGAGAAGGUUGUCGCCGCUUACGAUAAACUGCUGGAGCGAUUGCGCUGUGAGGAGCGGAUUCUCGGAUACCUACAUGAGCAACACGAAGAGAGUGCGGUUAGCAUCAUGGAGGACCUGUUGGUAUUCUCGGACCCGGGAACGAUUGUCUUGCUUCCUGAUCGAGCGGAACGCGCCGUACUUGCUGGUGUCGUCGUCGAGCGCACACUGGACACCCCGUUGCGCUUUGCACUUGUCGCCGCGGAUGGUCGUAUUCGAGUGUGCGGACCGCGCUACAUUGCAGCUGUGCUUUCCAAAGAGCCGCUGGCGAAGGUUUCGCUCCCAGACUCUUUGACUGGACUCAAAGCCGAAGCACUGAGCGUCCUACAUUGGCGAGAGCUUUUUUCAGCUUCCAGCCGCUAUGGUGAAGUUCGGGAAACGUUUGAGCCGGUCAUGGACUGCGGCCUCGUGGAUGUUGGCACAGCGCCUGCGCUCGAGUACUCGGAAAUGACCACCUGGGAUGAUUUGGCAGCACCACCGCUCGCGGUGCCCGAGAUACGUCGCCAGCAGAAACUCGUCGUCGACCUUCAGGAGCGUUUGGCGAGUUUCAGUCUGCACGAUCAUCCUGAUUGCGAACUUGUACUGAAAGCCUAUCGAUCCCUGGGCGUCGCUGAAGCACACCUUGGUCGUCUCCGUCAGCGGCUGAUGCGUCAAACCAUGCAAGCUACUGCUACCGAGUCGUGGAAUAUUUUUCGUGCUCUCGUCGAUGUUCUCGAGCGCUAUCGGUGUUUGGAGCGCGUCGAGGAAGUAGAAGACGAUGCUCGUGCCGAGUCUGGGCAGGAUGUGACGCGAGCUGCACCUGAGGCCUCCGACGAUACCGGCUCGCGAUACACGUUCUUCCGCUUGACCGAGUUCGGUUCUAUUGUUGCUGGAUUGCGCGUUGAAAACGAGUUAUGGGCGGGACUGGCGCUCAUCCACGCCGAGCAGCAACUCGCAGGGCUUGCACCGCACGAGCUCGCGGCUGUCGUAGCAUCGAUUGCGGCAGACACGAGUCUCCCGCCCGGCGGCUACUGUCGUUUCCUGCCCAGCGUCCGAGUUUUGGACCUAUGUCGGGAGGUGCUGGGCCCGUUGCGCAAGCAGCUUGCGGCAGCACAACAGGAAGCACUGGAGACGUACUGGUCGCCGUCCAUGGCGACGCUGAACGGCGAGCUCAUGAUUCCCGAUGUGCGGCUGUCGUACGACCUAGCCGGUGUUGUGGAAGCCUGGGCGUGCGAGACGCCGUGGUCAACGCUGCUGAAUGGGGUCAGCCUUGAUGAAGGCGAUAUCGUUCGUCUCCUGCGUCGCACGAUCGACCUGUUGCGGCAGAUAGCGAACCUUGGCACCAGCUCGGGUCUCGGAUGGUCUCGUCGUGUUGCCGCACUCGUUUCCUCACAGCUAGUGGUGAAUGCGAAACGAGCACUUACACUGAUCGAUCGCUAUCCAGUUAAUGAUGGCGGUCUAGAACGGGCGUCUGGUGGACAGGUUGCCGAGUCGCUGGAGCUCGACAACGACUCCGACGAGGACAGUGCGGAGGUCGAAGAAGACGUAGCCUGGGACUCGGGUGAAGAUGCGAUAUUGGCCACCUCCGAUGAGUGA